AUGGAUGAGGCUGAUGGAAUUAUCUUAAUUACACUCAAAGAUUUAGGAUGUGAAAUUGAAGAAAAUGAAACAAUUAAAAAUUUUGAUUCAGAGAUGGUAUAUAAAUGUAUUUUAGCAUAUUUAAGAGUUAUUAAUGAACAAAAAGUUAUAAAUUUAACCAAUACAUUACCAAAGAAUAUGUCAGCACGUGUUAAUGCAUGUUCAUUGAUUGCCAAUAUUAUAAAAGAUAGUGGAUAUAGAUCAGAGUUGUCAUAUCAUAAUUUAUUAUAUCCAAAUGUUAAUGAUAUUAGAAAGAUCUUUAUAUUUUUAGGACAAUUAUUACCAAAGAAGGAAGUUGAAAGUGGUGGUGUUAGCAUUCAAAAAUUGGAAGACCAAAUAUGUCAAUAUCUUCAAGGAUGCGUUAAAGAAUCAUGGAUACCUUAUUUUUGUCCAUUUUCAAAACGUAUACCAGGUAAUUACUCAACAGCAACUCUAUUCACAACCACAGGUGGUAAUCUUAGAAUUCCAUCACGUGGUCGUCAAUUAAAGGUGACACCUGGAUUGGAGCAAUACUAUAGCCAAUAUUUAGAACCAUUAACAUUACAAACCAAUCGUUUCGAAGAUAUUGCACCAUCAGUUUUCGAAUAUAAUCUAUCGAUUUAUGCAGAAGCACAAGAACGUGAUAAUGAAUGGAAUGAUAAAGGUGUAAGCUCUGGUAUGAAUCCAAUUGAUUAUCGUAAGAAUAAACAAAAACAAGUUUUAUCAAAAAUGAAUGAUUCAAUUCGUCAAUCCAUCAUUGAUGGUGGAAAUAAUCAAAUUAGUAGUAAUUGUAAUAGUGGUGAUAGUUUUCUUGAUAUUAUCUCUGAAUUUCGUGGUAAUUCAUUAGAUGUUGGUGGUCAAUUUAAUAGAAAGAAAGCAUUUACAAAUGAAUUAAAUAAUAAUAAUAAUAAUAAUAAUGAUAGCACUACCAACACCAAUAAAGUUGAGACAGAAAUCGAAACAGAAGAACAAAGACAAUUAAAACGUCAAGCUGAAAUUGAUGCAUUACAAUCACAAAUUGAUGAAAUUUCAGAAUCAAUUCAAUUACAUAAUAAAGAGAUGUUAGAUUUCUUAUCAUUGAUGCGUCAAUCAGAGAGUGAAAAUCUUGAACAAGAUCAACAACGUGAAGUAUUGGAGAAACAAUAUAAAAUCAAAAAGAAGACAUUCUCAUUAUUGGAUGAUGCAGAGGGUAACAUGAAAGAACUUCAAUCACUUUGUAAUCAAACCUCAUCCAAUCUAUUGGAAAUGUCUGGUGAAUGGGAGAAGGUUCGUAAACCAAUCAUUGAGAAAUACCGUUCACUAAAGGAUAAACAAAAUAAUCAAGCAGAUGAAACUAAAUCCAAAUUGGAUCGUAUUAAAGAGAUGAGAAUAUUGAUAAAGAAAUUGGUUAGUGAAGUCCAACAAAAGGAUGACCAAUUCCAACAGUUACAAGAUCAAUAUAAACAAGCUCCAAAAGAUUCAAAUCGUUCACAAUAUACUCGUCGUAUAUUGGAAACUGUGAAAAAUAUAAAGAAACAAAAAGUUGAUAUCGAUAAAGUACUAUUGGAUACUAAAAACUUACAAAAGGAAAUCAAUACCAUCACAGAUACCGCCGUUCGUACCUUUGAAUUGGUUAAAGAUUUACUCUACAAUGAUGCUAAAAAGGAUCAAACCGCCAAACAAGCCAUUAAAUCAUUUGCCAUCAUUGAUGAUAAAUUCCAAAAACUCUUUAAAACUAUCGAUGAAACUGGUAACUUUCAAAAUAAUAUUCUCAAUCUUAAUUCAAAGAUUGAACAUGUAUCUCAAAAAACAAAUACUCUUAAUUCUGAUCGUGUAGUUCAAGAUCUUAAAAAUAUUAAAUCUGAAAAUCAAUCUUUAAUUAAACAAAUUAAAACUUUAAUAGAAACUAAAAAUUAA